CUUUGUAAACAAUUCAAAUUCCGUCCGUUGGGGAAAAGCCCCAAAACUUCCCUCGUUCGUGGUUCUUGACAUAUUAGGGUUUUAGCAACUCGUUUUGCCAUAACUAUCGAGCUCAAAACUUCUGCAAUUUUCACAAUUUAGUUGUAGUUACAUACUUAAAGUUCAGUUCUUACAUAUUUUACUUCGUCGCUGUCUGAUCCUUCUAUUUAUAGCAUGAAGUUGCAAACCCUCAAUUCACCAUUGCUUGAAAAUUUAGAACCAAUGUUAAACGAAUCAAUCUACCACUUUCUAGUUGAGUUUCAGAAAGGUAGAACCGAUUUUUCAGAACUCGGUUCCAUUUUCUUCCGUUUGACCCAGACGAUGACAGACCCACCGCUUGAAUUCAUCUGGUUUUACUCUGCACUCACAUUUCAAACCGCUAAAUCAUCCAACUUAAGAGAUCCACAUAAUUUUUUGCUGUCCCUUAAGGACUUGUUUCACUCCAUUGUUUCGUUUCGGAUUCCCUCUGAUAGCAGCUACUUGACGCAAGUGUCUCUUCUCGCCCCGGUUCUAUACCAAUUAGUUAACUUAAAAUUUCUGAUUUCUAGCUUUAAGGCCGAGAUCGAGGGUUUAGUGGAUGCAGUAGUUAGUCACAUAAUUUUGUGUUGCAAUAAUGAUUUGAUAGAACAGGAGGUUAGGGUUUAUAAAUCAAGUGUGAGUUGGGUUAGUCUAGUGCCAAUCUGGAUCGCUGAUCAGGUUAAUGAGAAUCAAGGUCGCGUAGAUGGUUUGCAGUUGUUUUUCCCUCUUUCAACUGAAGAUAUUCGUCAGGGAAUUAAUGAGGAUAGUGGAAUGGCUUACCUUGCUGGGGUUGUUAUGAUCGAGUCCUUUCUGUUGAGGUUGUGUCUAAUGUUUGAUUCAGAAGCUUCCCGGAAGGAAUUGCACAAGGAUGUCAAAAGUUACGCUGCUCAGAUUAUCAAGGGGUUCAAGAAGAAUCCAACCUUUUUAGUUAUGCUUUUCAAACUGCUAUUGGAAUCAAAUUUGCCUGUAGCUGAGCUCUUGUCUUCAACAGAUGAACUCCUCCUGAAGAAACUGCUUUUUUGA